CACACACGUUCGCGAGUGAAAAUCUAACAAAUUCAAGAGUUUAAACAAUGAGUCGUGAUAAAAAGAAAUCAAAAAGAUCAAAAAAGUCUCGGAAGAGUAAAAAGGAAUCCAAAAUAGAUAAGUAUUACAAGAAAAUAGACCGUCUACAGAGCAAAGAGAAAAAGAAAAAAUCACAUUCAGAACACAAAGGUUCUAAGCAUUCUUACGGCAAAAAUGACGACGAGCGUGACCUGCGAGGCGCGUCACGUCAUAGUCGUGACCGUUCACAGUCUAUAUCAAUUAGUAAUAGAACGAAAGAAAAUUCAAAUAAACGAUCAAGAGACGACAACGUUGGCGGCGAGCGUAACCUGCGAGGCGCGUCACGCCACAGUCGUGACAGUUCACGGUCCUCAUCAAUUGAUAAAAGAAUGAAACAAAGUUCAAGAGACGACUAUAGUGGCGACGAGCGUGACCUGCGAGGCACGUCACGCCAUAGUCGGUCCACAUCAAAUAAUAGAAACGAAGAAAAUUCAAACAAAAGAUCAAGAGAUGACAAUAAUGGCGGUGAGCGUGACCUGCGAGGCGCGUCACGCCAUAGUCGUCGUCGAUAUCGUUCUCCUUCCUCCUCGUCUUCGUCAUCAUCCUCCUCGUCCUCAUCAUCGUCCUCGUCAUCAGAAUCAUCGUACAGUAGCUCAAGCUCAAGUCAAGCGUCACGAAAACGACGCAGAUCCCGUUCACAUGAACGUACAAACUCUUCCGAACACACACGAAAACGACUCAGAUCUCUAUCACCUGAAAACACGAACACUUCCGAAAGUACACGAAAAGAGUCGGAAAUAGAAAAUCCGCCUUUAGACAUUGACACCUUAAAUCUUCUGGGAGAUAUAAAUGAAAAUAAUCAACCCGGCCCAGAUCUCAAUCUCAAAUUAACUGAGGUUUGGCAAAAAAUCUUAGCUAAAGGUCUUCCCAAGGAGACAAAAAAGGAACUUAUUACGAAGUACCCGACUGCCAAUAACCUCAAAACGUUAAAGGCUGUGACAGUCAAUGCCGAAAUAAAAUCUGCAAUGAAAGAUAUACCUCUGAAAAAGGAUAAUUACCAAGUGCUUUCUCAAAAUCAAUUAAGCGCUGCCACGACAGCACUUGGAAUGGCUUUGACUUUAGUACUGGAAAAACCACUGACCGAAAUUGACGCAUCUCUCCUGAUUAGUCUCAUGGCAGAUGCAGGUAGAUUAUUUACCGACUUACACUACGGGCAGUCAAUGACUCGCCGAUCAUUCAUCACUCCUGGAAUGAGCUUGCUUGUGAGAAAAGUAGCGGAAGAUUGCGAAGUAGAUACUCUGCUUUAUGGUGAAAAAUUUACAGAAAAACUUAUGGCGGCAAAAUCUGCAGAAAAGUCCAGCAGGGAACUUGUAAAGCAGCCAACGAAAACAACUAGUGACAAUUACAAGAAAAGGAUAUUUCAAAAGGGACCAAAUACAAGGCCUUUAAACUUCAAGGGUCCCCCCAAAAGGAGCACCAAGGAGACUCGCCAGGGAGGACAACAGAGAUAUCAACGGAAUCGCCCAUACGAGAAAUCUCGUCAAUAAGUCAAAGAGACACACCCGUUAGCGGAACAGCUUACCCUGGUAGCAGGGCUUUUAUCAGGCAAGCAUUUCAUCAACACGGAUACCCGGAGGAAUCAAUAUCAGUAGCUUUACUUUCCCUAUCAGAAGGAACAAUAAGGCAGUAC